AUGCGCAUGAAUUUGUACCCUCUCGCUGAGAAAUUCGGGUUUCGACCUGUGCUUUGUGUGUGGUGUGGGUGCGAAGGAGUGGAGAAGGCGAAGGCGGAGCGGGAGGGAGGAGAGCAAAAGCUGACGGUGAGGGGAGAGAUGGACCCGCCGGAGCUUCGCGAGGAGCUGCAGGGGAGGGCGAAGAAGAAGGUGGACCUGGUAUCGCCGCAGCUGCCCAAGGAGGAGGAGGACAAGGGCAGCAAAUCAUCGGCAUCUUCGGACAACGACAACAACAAGGCCAAAGAUAAAGAGCCCGAAGACCAGAAACCCAAAGAGCCUCCGGUGACCACGGUGGUUCUGAAGCUGAAAUUGCACUGCGCAGCAUGCAUUCGGAAGAUUGAGAGAAGAAUUAUCUAAAAAAUCGAAGGAUUGCAAAUCGUUGCUUUCGACCAGGACAAGGAUUUGGUCACGGUGACGAGCACGAUGGACGCGAAGGUCCUCAUGGAGAGCUUGAGGGAG